CUUCUUCAAGUGGUUGAGAGUUGAGCGACAACAGAAGUCGAGAGGUUUCACAACGACCUCAACUUUUCUUGAGACCGUUAGGUUUUGUAAGUUCACAGUCGGACUUCAAGGAUGUGAUGAGGUUUUAGGCUGGGAUUUGCUGCAGUGGAACGGCGAGAGAAAGGUCCUUCAUCCCAGGCCCCGAUUCUUGAACUUGUUCAUUUGAAGAAGCUUCAUGAAAUUCUUUCUUUGGGAAGCGACCUCAUUGACCGUUUGGGUGCUGGCGCCAUGUUAGUCUGCAUCUAUGGCAGAGCUCCUUGGUCCGACUUGCGAUACAUUGACCACGUUGAUGUUGAGGCUCGGCGCAACGGAUCCUUGGUCCUGUAUACUCGUGAGCGCAAUACAUCCGCUGUUGGGAUACGUCGUGAACAGUAUCUACCGCUCGUCAUCCCUUGGGAAGGUGUGGUCAGUGAUGAUUGGAUCGAGGUCUUGUUGAAGGUCUACGAGGAAGCUGGUUUAGAUAUGACCAAGGUUCCUCUCGGGCCCUUUCUUCCUGCUCCAAAAAUAGGAGGAGGCUUCUGCGCGAGGCCGUUGAGCGCCCAAGAAGCAGCUCGGUGGUUGCGCCUUCUUCUUUCAGGGACGCCAGGUUCAGAGAAGAUUCGUUGCCAUUCGCUGAAAGCUACACUAUUGAAUUGGUGUGCAAAGGCUGGCUUAGACAAAGAGGUUUGCGCAGUGCUUGGCCAUCAUAGCACUGCGUUGCAUGGUAGUGACAUUGUAUAUUCACGUGAGCUUCAAGUCAGGCCGCUCAGGAAGUUGCAGAUGUUACUCAAAAGCAUUCGCAUUGGCUUGAACCUUGAGGACAUUGCAUCACAAGGAACUUUGUUGGCUGCAACCCCAGGUGCGACCACUCCGAGGCCUAACGUGUUCACACCUCCUCUUCCAGUGCCUGCAAGAGGUGAACAAGUUCAUAAUCCUGCAGAGGAGCAAGAACAGGCGGUUGAGCUUGUAAACGCGGAAGAAGAAAACGAAAGCAUAAAAGAAGAAAUUGAAAACGUCACAAAUCUUGAAGCUUUUGCCUGCGACUUGAGCCUUUUUGGUGAAGAAGCUGUUCGACAAGGUGCAGUGCCAAUCGACAGUUCAAGCGGAAGUGACGAAGAGUCUGAAAGCAGUUCAUCUUCAAGUGACAUACUGAGCUCAUGCCGUGGCAAAGAUUCUUUUAGAGAAGUCGCGCCGGCAGGUUCUGUGUACUACAAGCACGUUAAGACCUCAAGGGUCCAUCGUGUGCGUGUUGGCAAAGAAGCCACAAAUUGUGGUAAGAAGUUGAAUGAGAACUUUAAGGAGCUUGAGCCGGUCAUUUACAUAAGGCUUCCAAAAUGCCUGAUUUGUUUCCCAAGUGCCGAAGGGCGAGUUAGGACGCGUGAAGAUGCCAUAGCUCGAUUCGACGCAGCUCUGAAGAGGGCGCGCGUUUGACUCGUGACCAAAGUGGUCAAAAACAGCUUGUGCAGAGUGCCAAGUUUGGUGAAGUACCAUUUAUGCUUAAGAGCAAACUUCCUUUAUGCUUAAGAGCAGUUACCAGAAAGCUGGUUUUGUACAUGGAAUGCCAUGUGCGUUUUGAGACUUGGUUUCAGUUUCAUGGGAAGCCAUGCACUGUUCCGUUUCAUGGAAAGCCAUGCGUGAACUUCGGCUCGAAGGAGCACAAGAGACAUAUUGAGUUAAUGGCCGGGAAUUUUUCUUCCAGUGCUUGUUCAGCUGUUCAUGCUCUUCAUGUCAAUCUCUUUUUGUUUUGGUUUUUGCACUUUCAACCUCGCGCGAUGUCGAGUGUCGUUGACAGUGAGGCACACUUUGACCUUCGGUUGAGUGAGCUUGGAUUGAGUGAUCCUUUCAUAAAUGCACUGAAGAUCAAGACCUUAUCUCAUUUGGCCUGUUCCAUAGGCCAACCCAAUCAGGUGCUUUCCAACGAUGAUGUCACCAAUUUUCUUCAGGGCCUCCUCGGGCGCGCUCCGUCGCUCGUUGAGAGUAGCAGUACAAAGAGGCUCACUUUUGAAGCACAGACAUAUGUUGUGGCUACUCUCCGACAAGGGCUUGAGCAGCAAGAUGAGGCUGUACCAAGGAGAGUGGCCCAUGCAGAGAGGACCACAAGGAUGAGUGCACUUCAGUUGGCGUUGUCCGGAGUCUCAAUUUCUGGAGAACUUGACCCUGCACACAUUCUUCUUGACAAAGCAACUGCCAUGUAUGAACAGAACAUUGUUAAAUACAUUGAGCCUUCAGCUUGCAUCAGCAGGGCUUU